CUCCCUGCGCGCCCCUCCGCUCCUACCUGCUGGGCUUCCCCGGGCACCGCCUGGGCGCCCUCCCGCCCGCCACAGGGUCCGCCAAGGUGUGUUCUCAAACCCCAAAGGGGCCUGGCUUUCUGGGGCUGAUUCCGAGACGUUGAGGGUGCAAAGAAGAGACCCUCCUGGAGAAGUAAAGGAUGACGAAAAGCAACGGGGAAGAGCCCAGGGCGGGCGGCAGGAUGCAGAGGUUCCAGCAAGGCGUCCGGAAGCGCACACUCCUGGCCAAGAAGAAAGUGCAGAACAUCACCAAGGAGGAUGUCAAAAAUUACCUUUUUCGGAAUGCUUUUGUGCUGCUCACCGUCACCGCAGUCAUUGUGGGGACAAUCCUUGGAUUUACCCUCCGGCCGUACAAAAUGACCUACCGGGAGGUCAAGUACUUCUCCUUCCCCGGGGAGCUCCUGAUGCGGAUGCUGCAGAUGCUGGUGCUGCCGCUGAUCAUCUCCAGUCUGGUCACAGGAAUGGCGGCUCUAGAUAGAAAGGCGUCGGGGAAGAUGGGAAUGCGAGCUGUCGUCUAUUACAUGACUACGACCAUCAUUGCCGUGGUGAUUGGCAUAAUCAUUGUCAUCAUCAUCCAUCCUGGGAAGGGCACAAAGGAGAACAUGCACCGAGAAGGCAAGGUUAUACAAGUGACAGCUGCAGACGCCUUCCUGGACUUGAUCAGGAAUAUGUUCCCUCCAAAUCUGGUGGAAGCCUGCUUUAAACAGUUUAAAACCAACUAUGAGAAGAGAAGCAUUAAAGUGCCCGUUCCGUCUAACGAAACGCUCCUGGGUGCCGUGAUCAACAACGUGUCGGACGCCAUGGAGACGCUUUCCAAGAUCACAGAGGAGAUGAUCCCCGUCCCAGGCUCUGUGAACGGGGUCAAUGCCCUGGGCCUGGUUGUCUUCUCCAUGUGCUUUGGCUUUGUGAUCGGAAACAUGAAGGAGCAGGGACAAGCCCUGAAGGACUUCUUUGACUCUCUCAAUGAGGCCAUCAUGAGGCUGGUGGCAGUGAUCAUGUGGUACGCCCCCCUGGGCAUCCUCUUCCUGAUUGCAGGCAAAAUAGUGGAGAUGGAGGACAUGGGCGUGAUCGGGGGCCAGCUGGCCAUGUACACCAUGACCGUCAUCAUCGGCUUGCUCAUCCACGCCGUCAUCGUCCUGCCCCUCCUCUACUUCCUGGUGACGCGGAAAAACCCGUGGGUUUUCAUCGGAGGGCUGCUGCAGGCGCUCAUCACGGCGCUGGGAACCUCCUCCAGUUCGGCCACCCUGCCCAUCACCUUCAAGUGCCUGGAAGAGAACAAUGGCGUGGACAAACGCGUCACCAGAUUCGUGCUCCCGGUGGGGGCCACCAUUAACAUGGACGGGACCGCCCUCUACGAGGCUCUGGCUGCCAUUUUCAUCGCCCAAGUCAACAACUUCGACCUGAACUUUGGACAGAUUAUUACGAUCAGCAUCACAGCCACGGCGGCCAGCAUCGGGGCGGCUGGGAUCCCGCAGGCAGGCCUGGUCACCAUGGUCAUCGUGCUGACCUCCGUGGGCCUGCCCACCGACGACAUCACGCUCAUCAUCGCCGUGGACUGGUUCCUGGACCGCCUGCGCACCACCACCAACGUGCUGGGAGACUCGCUGGGCGCCGGCAUUGUGGAGCACUUAUCCCGCCACGAACUGAAGAGCCCCGACGUGGAGAUGGGUAACUCCGUGAUCGAGGAGAACGAAGUGAAGAAGCCCUACCAGCUGAUUGCCCAGGAGAGCGACACGGAGAAGCCCAUCGACAGUGAAACCAAGAUGUAGGCCGACAGGAGGAGACGCUCUCGGGAGCAGCAGGGUGUGACCCCCGUGACAACACGCGUCCAUCUCGUUCCAGCUUAUCCUCCCCCGCCAGCCCCUUGCUCCCUUGUCCUCCCAACUCCGGUAGGAUUUGCAAGUGCGCUUCCAACACCAGGGAGGGUUGGGCAGCGGCCAGCGUGUGUGGUGUUCAUCCCACAUCCGAAAGUUCCAGGUCUUUCCGUGUUGGUCUUAUCUAAGAAGGUACCGAGAUACAAAAAAAAAAAAAAA